UUAUGAUGCAUUAUAAAUAAAGGCUUAGAAAAGUUAACAAAUUUACUUUUCUCUCCAGUGAAAUAACAGCAGAUCCAAAUCAACAUGAUGUCCAGGUUUUGCUUCUGGCAGAACAAGAAGAAGAAGAAGAAGAAGAAGAAGAAGGAGAAAGAAAGAGCAUGUGAUAGUGAAGAUAAUGAAGAAAGAUUUAAUAUGGAGCAAACUUCAGUUCCUGUCACAUCACAAGUUAAAACCACUAAAGACAAGAACAGCACAGACCACAGUCCUAAAACAAAUACCUCAGGAAGAGAAAAUCAGGCGGAUGAUGAACACAAGAAAUCUGGACAGAAUGGCGCAGAUCAGAGUGAGGCGAGGGUCCUGGUCAUAAACACUGGUGGAACCAUUGGAAUGACGUAUCAUAAUAACGUUCUGGCUCCAGAACCUAAUGCUUUUGUUGAAACUCUACGUAAACUCUCUAUUCUGCAUGAUGAGCAGUACGGUUCACCUCAGGAGAACACGCUGGUGCUGCCACUGUCCAAACUCAAUAAAAGGAUUGUAUAUACAGUUUUAGAGUACUCUCCCCUUCUCGACUCCUGUAAUAUGAAGACAGAUGACUGGGCCAGGAUUGGAAAAGACAUUGAGAGUCGCUAUGAGCAAUAUGAUGGUUUUGUCGUUCUGCAUGGCACAGACACUAUGGCUUACACCGCUUCUGCCUUAUCCUUCAUGUGUGAGAAUCUGGGAAAGCCUGUCAUCUUCACUGGCUCACAGGUGCCCAUCUAUGAGAUGAGGAAUGAUGGGAGGGAGAACCUCUUGGGGGCGCUGUUAAUAGCAGGACAGUAUGUCAUCCCUGAGGUUUGCCUGUAUUUUCAUCAUAAGCUGUUCAGGGGCAAUCGUGUCACCAAAGUGGACCCUGGAAGCUUUAACGCAUUUAUCUCACCAAACCUGCCGCCAUUAGCACAAUGCAAUGUCGACAUCAAAAUUAACUGGGAUAUUGUGUGGCGAGCCAAUACAACUGCCACAUUCCGUGUCAACACACAAUUGAACCCUAAUGUGGGUCUCCUACGACUCUUCCCAGGAAUCACUGCUGAUAAAGUCAAGGCCUUCUUGCAGUCUAUGGAUGGGAUCGUAUUGGAGACCUAUGGCAGCGGUAACGCUCCUGACAACGACACAGAGCUGCUGGAUGAGAUUCGUAAAGCGUCGGAGAGAGGACUCAUCAUGAUCAACUGCACUCAGUGCCUCCAGGGUACGGUCACAACCUCAUACGCCACUGGCCAGGCUCUGAGUGAUGCCGGUUUGGUCGCUGGGUUUGAUAUGACCACAGAAGCUGCUCUUUCAAAACUCUCCUAUGUGCUGGGAAAACAAGACCUCACUCCAGAUGAGAAGAAGGAGAUGCUGAGUCGUGAUCUGCGUGGUGAGAUGACCGCUGACCUGGACGGAGCAAAGCUUUCUCUCCGCGACAGUCGCUUUAUUCAGGUCUUGGCCAAGUCCCUCAAUGUUAGCUGUAACGAGGAGCUUGACGCCAUACGGGAUGCACUAACUCCCACUCUGGUCUGCGGUGCUGCUAAGAUCGGAGACACUGACACUUUAGAGGCCAUAAGGGAAAUGGGCUCUGACUUGAACACGGCAGACUAUGAUGGCCGCUCUCCUCUCCACGUCGCUGCAUGUGAGGGGCAUCUGAAUGUGGUGGAGUAUCUGCUAAAUGAAGGGGCCGAUGUGGAUGCCAUAGAUCGCUUUGGUCAUACACCACUUCACAAUGCUAAACACUUCAGGCAUGACGAUGUUGCAGAAUUGCUAAGGAGGAAUCAAGGACAUUUUUCCCAGGAGGACAUGGUUGAUGCUGGAAGCAGGUCUCAUUUGCAUACACACAUAUACAGAAUACAGAAAAAAUAAUUUGAUGUCUUCAAUGACAUUUUAUUCUUAUAACUGUAUGAAUGGAGAUACAAGAGAUUAUUUGAUGCAUUCAGUGUUGCAUUGGCUAUAAAGAAGAUGCUUCCUGUAAACCAGGAGUGUCCAAACUUUGUCCUGG